AUGGAGCCCAUUCCCACCCAGAGCCAGGUCCACGUCACCAGCAACGGCAACCUAGACUUAACACAGCCCUUAUGGACUUUGUAUGUGGAUGGCUCUUCCAACGCCCAGGGAUGCGGAGCUGGCCUUGUCCUCAUCUCUCCAGACAAGGCUGUCCUGGAGUACGCCCUUCGCUUCCAAUUCCACGCCUCCAACAACGAGGCCGAAUACGAAGCACUCUUAGCUGGCCUCCGGUUAGCCAAGGAGAUGGGCGCUAGGCAAAUUCAGAUUUUCAGCGACUCACAGCUCGUUGUGCACCAAGUCAACCAGGACUUCACUGCCAAGGACGUGUCCAUGACAGCCUACCUCCAACAUACCCGCCAUUUGCUUGCAACCUUCAACGCUUACGUCAUCAACCAGGUACCACGCUCGGAGAAUAGCCAUGCCGAUGCCCUAGCUAGACUAGCCUUAGCCAUAGAGCAGGGCCUUGGCCGCAAUAUCCAUAUGGAAAUCUUGGAUCAGCCAAGCACGCAGGCACCACUUAUCUGCGCCAUCAAUCACAGCCCAACAUGGAUGGACCCCAUCCUCCAAUUUUUGCAGAACCAGACUCUACCCGCUGACCCUGCUGAGGCGCGGCGUGUUCGCUAUCGCUCCGCCCGAUACCUGAUCAUUAAUGGCGCCCUAUACAAGCGCGGAUUCAGCUUACCUUACCUUCGGUGCCUGACCCCAGAGGAAGGCCACUAUGUCCUCCGGGAAAUCCACGAAGGCAUCUGUGGUAGUCAUUCAGGCGCCCGCUCACUUGCGCAUAAGGCCAUUAGGCAAGGAUACUUCUGGCCCUCACUUCACACUGAUGCCCAAGCCUUCACCCAGAAGUGCGACAAGUGUCAGCGCCAUGGUCAGUCCUUGGCCAUUCGCCAAUGGGGACUUGACCUCAUCGGACCUAUGCCCGAGGGCAAAGGCCAGGUUAACUACGCAGUCGUGGCCGUCGACUACUUCACUAAAUGGGCUGAGGCUGAGGCCCUGGCCACCAUCACUGCGGCUCGCAUUGAGACGUUCGUUUGGCAAAAUAUCGUGUGCCGCUUCGGCAUCCCCAACGCCAUCGUCACGGACAACGGCCGGCAAUUUGACAACGCAAAAUUUAGGCAGUUUUGUUCCAACCUCAAAAUAAAACUUUGCUUCGCUUCUCCAGCCCAUCCUCAGUCCAAUGGCCAGGUCGAAACCGUGAACAAAAUUAUCAAGAAGACCCUGAAGACCAAGCUUGACAAAGCCAAGGGUUGCUGGCCAGAGCUACUCCCAGAGGUUCUUUGGGCUUACCGCACCACCUUUCGUACCUCAACGGGAGAAACACCGUUUUCCCUUUCCUUUGGUACCGAAGCAGUGGCACCAGUGGAGAUUGGCCAGCCAACAUACCGAACCUCCACUUACGAGGCCGAGGCUAAUAACGAGCAGCUGGCCCUCAACCUCGACUUCAUCGACGAGCUUCGUGACCAGUCCAACAUGCGCAACGUCGCAUACAAGCAGCGUAUUGCCAAGUACUACAACUCCAGAGUUAAACCUCGAGCUUUCACAACUGGGGACUGGGUCAUGCGCAAGGUUUCAUUAGCCACUAAGAAUCCUAAUGAGGGUACCCUGGGCCCUACGUGGGAAGGUCCAUAUGAGAUCACCAAGGUUUGCCGCCCCGGGACUUAUCAGCUUCGGGACCACAAGGGCAAAACGUUGCCUCACCCUUGGAACGCUGACCAUCUCAAGUGCUACUACAAGUAA